AUGAUUACAAUAAAAUAUUCAGUCUACGAAAAGCAAACAUUAAAACCAAAGCAACCUGGAGAAUGGGAUCGAGAAUGGGAUGCUGGAAAGAUAAGCGUUGAAAAUUGGAAAGAAAAUGUACCCAACAUCAGCAAUAACAGAGGAUUCAAUGCGCAUUUUUUACAUCGAAUGAAGAAUCGUAGUAGUGGUGCCAGAUACAACAGUAAUGUAACAUCGAAAAAGAUUGCUGAAAUGGAGAAGAAGCAAAAGUUGGAAGGUGCCAAAGUGAUAGCUUGCGUUGAAACAAACAAAAAUACAUCACUACCAAACAAAAAAAUAUUUGAUGGUAAAAAUUCAAAAAAUUUGAAAAGUUCGAGUAAUGGGAAGGAUGGUAGUGACGAUGGUACAAUAUUACGGAACACUUAUUGCGUAGUGAAUAAUAGAUUGAAACAAUCUCAUAUAUCUUCCAAUGAACAAUCGAACAGACAACGAAUUGGAAAUUAUACCAAAUCAUCAUCCGGAUCAUCCAGAAAGCGAUAUUCGAUUCGACGAGUUACUUCCACUGCUGCUACUGUUUCGAUGCCAACAACGGUUAAAAAACAAUUGGAUACAGUUAAAGUGAAUGUUUCGAUGCUUAAAUUAAAAAAGGAUGUUGCGAAGACGAUUGAUAAAAGCAACAAUAACAUCGAUAAAGUUGACAACAACCUCCAGAAGUUGUCAACAAUAGCCGUCGGCAAUGCGGCAAUCUCAACAGCCCCAAUCCAAACCAUUGCCGAGGAGUACGGUAAUUGA